UGUUAAGAGGAUUGGGUCGGGAGUAAUGUUCUAGUCGACAGGUUUGGAGUUAUCUUGAGGUACACCAGAUGUUGCAAGUGUACUAGUCCCACGAAACAGGAACAAGGAAACGUGGGGGCGUUCUAGGUAUAGAUCGAACACUAAGCGUAAUUGCAGUCCGUCUCAAACGCGUUACUAGUGUUUGUUUGAUUCUUGAAAGUCUUAAUUCUGUGUGUGUGACCCGCCACGGAAAUGGCUAGGCAGGGUUACGUACGGACCGCGGCAGGGCGACUGGCUGCACUUGUGCUGGAAGUAGCGCUUUUCCUCACGGUUUGGGGUUUGCUGGUUCCAGUUACUGAAGCAGGUUGCCCUCAGCCAGGGUACUUUUACCAUCAGCCUAGUCGUCUGUGCUACAAGGCCUUCAACGACACGGCAACCUACAACGGUGCAGUCAGUAGGUGUUCUUCAGACGGGGGGACCCUUGCCAUGCCCCGCGACAGCACAACCAACAACUUCCUCAUCUAUCUGAAAAAUUUCAUCGACAAGAACGCUUGGUUCCGUUUUGGACUGACUGAUGUCCACCAGGAGGGAGUUUGGAUGUGGGACGAUAACGUUCCUCUGGGCGACUUCAGACCAUGGGCUACAGGAGAACCCAGCAACAUCGGUAACGGCGAGAACUGUGCCGAGUACUAUCCCGACAUGUACAGUAACUCAUGGAACGAUGGACCAUGUAACCUCGCCGAAGACAGGAAGUUCAUCUGUCAAGCCUCUCCAUCAGGUGUCAAUCUCGCCCUGGGGAAGCCUGCGUACCAAACCAGCUCGGAUGCACCUGCAGACCGUGCCGUAGACGGGAACACUGAUGGCGACUUCUUCGCUCAGCCUGGUACCUGUACACACACUGUAGAUGGGGGAGAAACUGAUCCAAGCUGGUGGGUGGAUCUUGGUCAGUCGUAUAUGGUCGACAGGGUAGUCAUCUUCAACCGGAUAGAAUGUUGUUCGGGACGACUCAACCCCUUCAAUAUUCACAUCGGGGAUUCCGACCAGGUCAGCGAGAACCCCAAGUGUGGUGGCGAUCAUCAAAUCAACGUGAACCGGCCGUCAAUUUCGGUCUCUUGUCUGGGGAUGAAGGGGCGGUACGUGGGCGUUCGUCUUCCCGGUUUCCACCGGAUUCUGACCCUGUGUGAAGUCUUAGUUUUUUCAGACAACUGUGAGGAGGAGUCUUAUUCAGUUGACAAUGAAGCCGGACAGGUGACCUUUCCACGUGCAUACGGCGGAAGUUUCUCCUACUCUGCUGAACACUGUAACGAAGGAAAUGAUAAGCCCCUGGCCUCUCGUUUCUGUCGGAUCACACAAAAUGGAGCUGCAGUGUGGGACCAGCCUGUCCUCCUCAUGUGUGAUACUGACUUACAAAACCUGUCUCAGAUUGUAGUAAACAACGAGACGGCUCUGUCUGUGGCAACGGAACUGCAGCUGAUCACAACACAGGCCGAAACUCUCUCGUCUAGUGAAGUGAACUCCAUUACAGACACUUUACAGGAAAUAGUCAACGCUAGCGCGACUGAACAGAUCGGAGACUCCCUUCUGACAACUGUAGACAACCUGAUAAACGUAAACGCCACAGUUCUGCAGCAGAGUCAAGAAGAAAGAAGAGGGCCGACCAGAGCCGUCCUGGCAUUGGAGACAUUUGCUGACACGGUCAUACUGACAACAGAUACGUACACCGCCGUGCGACCAGGAGUGGCACUGCAGGCAGCUGACAUCAGUCCAAAAGAGUUAGACAAGGGGCAAGGAUUCGCCUUCUUUUCGAGCGGAAACAACUCUACCAGCUUGACAGAAGGCGACGUUACAAGCUUCACUACGGAGGAUGGAGGAGACAUUCUGCAAACUGCUGACGUCUCUAUAGCGUUACCUCCUAACAUCUCAAAUAUGAUACAGAUCAACAAUACAUCAGAAGUCCGUCUGAGUUACACGCUCUACAGCAGCAGCAGCCUGUUUGUCCAGACUUCCCAGCGUGCCGCGCGACCUUACCAGCAUGCCAUGGGAACCCGCAUCAUCGGCGGAAGAAUCGCAGGGAUGCCGGUCAAGAACCUGCCCGAACCGGUUAUCAUCAUUUUCACACCAAUACAGAGUUUUCUUCCUGAAGACGUGAAGGAGGUCACAUGUGUGUUUUGGGACUUUGAGGCCGAGGCAGGGCAGGGGGCGUGGUCAACUGAGGGGUGUGACAACAUGCCGGGUCAAACAAAGGGACGGUACACGUGUGCCUGUAACCACCUUACUAACUUCGCCAUGCUCUUUGAUGUGUAUGGCGUGGGCUUUGGAGACCACGGCAAGCCGCUAGAAGCCAUCAGUAUUGUGGGCUGUGUCGUCUCCAUCAUCUGUCUGGUCCUCACUAUCAUUUUACUAGCUUUCAUCGUUACUAGACUAGACAAACGCCGAACCAGAACAGGCCAUGCUAAGAGCCAGCUACUCAUUCUCAUCAACCUAUGUGUGGCUCUGUUGGCCACUCUCGUCAUCUUCCUCGCUGGCAUCAACCGGACGGCUUCUCCCAUUGGUUGUAAGGUUGUGGCGGCAUUGUUACACUAUUUCCUAUUGGCUGCUUUGAUGUGGAUGGCAGUGGAAGCCGUUAACGUAUACCGAGCCGUUGUGCAUGUUUUUGACUAUGUUUCUGGGAACUUCAUCAUCAAGGCUGGGGCUGUAGCGUGGGGCCUUCCUCUUGUUGCUACGCUGUCAACUGUGGGACCCUCUAGUCUCUACCGAUAUAGGAUGGACAAAUCUUGCUGGCUGGCAAGUGAACCUCUGAUCUAUGCCUUCUUAAUCCCAGCUGGUCUCAUCCUACUCUUCAACUUACUCGUCUUCAUCUUGGUCAUGCGCAAACUGGUCCUGGAAGAAAAGGCACAGAAAGAGUUAAGAGGUGCUGAUGCUAUCGAGGUAAAUCGUCAGUGGAUAACCCGCCAGAUUCGUCGAGCCUGCAGCAUCAUGGCUCUGUUUGGCCUCACGUGGGUGUUCGGCUUCUUCGUCAUCGCUGACGGGCGCCAUGUUGUCUUCGCCUACCUGUUCUGCAUCUUCAACACCCUCCAGGGCCUCUUCAUCUUCAUCUUCCACUGCGUGAUGAGAGAAGACAUGAAGGAGUGGCGCAAGAAGCUGACGUGCUGGGAGAACCUCGUCUGCAUAGGAAAGAAGGAAGUGUAUGAAGUAAAUAAAAGCAAGUCGUCUGCCCAAGUGUCGCAACUCGUUGAGCUGCGCCCUUUGUCACCUGGUAACGAACCUAAUCCUGAUGUAGUGAUGUAGUAACAAUUAUGGUACUGGUCUUAUCGACCAGAACACCAUGCUCUUUUCAGUUGAAUCCAGUCAACAUGGAUGCCGUUCUUACUACUUCAUAUACUCAUGUCUACAACAUGUGGGACAGACCAGCUAGAGAACAAAUUACUCUGACUGGCUACACCUUACAUCGUUGCACAUGUUAGACAUAUCUGUAAUCUGUCACUGAUGGGAUGCAAUUUCCCAGCUCAAUGGAAGAUGGCUAAGGCUUGCCCCUUACCCAGAAACACUAGACCUUCUUCGACUGGCAGUCACUCGAACAUCGCCGCAAAAUGGCCAGGCUUACUACAAUGUUUAAAGUCCUGCACAACACCAUCUCUGUCCCCCACACUUCGUGUCUUGUCCCGGCAGCUCGAUGCUCCCGCCGCACUAAUCACGCUUUAAAGCUGCAGAC